UCAAACAGGAAGUUGUGUGCAUGUUUACGACGUUAUUUUCUUCUCAGCGACUUGCUUUUUUCAUCCCAAAAAGGCAUCUUUCCACCUUCAGUUUGCAAAAUGAAACAAAACUCAAAUGUUCCAGCUUUCCUCACCAAGCUUUGGACUCUUGUGGAGGAUUCUGAUACGAAUGAAUUUAUUUGUUGGAGUCAGGAGGGUAACAGUUUCCUCGUCAUGAACGAACAGCGAUUUGCCAAGGAGAUCCUUCCCAAGUUCUUCAAACACAACAACAUGGCUAGCUUUGUCAGACAGCUAAAUAUGUAUGGAUUUCGCAAAGUGAUGCACAUUGACACAGGCAUAGUGAAGCAAGAGCGUGAUGGACCAGUUGAAUUCCAGCAUCCUUACUUUAAACAUGGGCAGGAUGACUUGCUGGAAAACAUCAAAAGAAAGGUUUCUAAUGCAAGACCAGAGGAUACUAAGAUCAAACAGGAAGACCUGUCCAAUAUUUUGGCCAGUGUUCAGAAUGUUAAUGGAAAACAAGAAAGUCUUGAUUCCCGACUCAACACAUUGAAAAGAGAUAAUGAAGGUCUAUGGAGGGAAAUAUCAGACCUGAGACAGAAGCACUCCCAACAGCAGCAAAUCAUUAAGAAGUUGAUACAAUUCAUUGUCACAUUCGUACAGAAGAACCGGAUUAUGGGUUUAAAACGCAAACGACCUAUUCUACUGAACAACAAUGGAAAGAAGCCUAAAUACAUCCAUGAAAUCUACGAUGAACCUCCUCUGGAGCACAACAAACCCUCUGUCAGUGGUUUGAAGAACGCUGAUCUUACUGAUGAUGUUGUCAUCUGUGACGUAACUGACGACGAUGCAGAGAUCACAGAGGGCCCCUCAAUAAUGGAUCAAUCGGGGGAUGUAGAAAUUGUUGAGGUCUUCGACAGCAAUACUGUGUCACAGACAGAUGGCGCUGACAAUCCAGGCCAAACCAACUCUUUGGUAUUCGAACCAGAAGAGACCACCAUAAGCACAUAUGAUAGCCUUCCAACCAGCAGCGUCUUGCAACUCAACAAACCAUCAGGCCUGAGCCUGGAGGAUCCCAUGAAGAUGAUGGACUCAAUCCUCAAUGAGAGUGGAGCUAUUUCUCAGAAUAUCAACCUCCUCGGCAAGGUUGAGCUGAUGGACUACUUGGACAGCAUUGACUGCAGUUUGGAAGACUUUCAGGCUAUGUUGUACGGGAAGCAGUUCAGCAUUGAUCCAGAUAUUUUAGAGUUGUUCAGUUCAAAUUGCCCUGUGAACUUGCAAGAUUUCAGCAUCUGCACAGCUUAAGAGAGUGGUGGUUCCAAAGGAAAUGCAGGGCUGUUAUCCAAAGGAGGCAAGUCUGGCAUCUCUGCAGACAAGCAGCUGGUCCAGUACACGUCCUGCCCUCUGCUGGCCUUCCUGGAUGGCUGCACCCCUUUGGCCCCAGAGCCAGACAGCAGCAUAGCCACAGAGCUGGGAGACAGCCUGCUGCAGCCCAGCACUGAGGUACCCACAGACCUCCUGGAGCCAGAUGAGGAGCCUCCACGGAGCUCCCUGAUCCGCCUAGAGCCCCUGACUGAGGCAGAGGCCACGCUUUUCUACCUGUGCGAACUCAACCCAGAAGGGAGCACCACUGACUCGACACAGCUGGAUAUUUAACCAAGGAGCAGAAAAAAACUCAAUGAUUUACUGUAUUUAUUUCCUUGUAUCUUUUGGUACAUUUAGGUCAGAAGACAUUCCAUAAUGUAGCUGUUGAUAUGGUUUCUCCACUAUUUCCACUAGCAGUUGAAGGUAAACCCUGAUUAAAGAAAAGGCUGCAAUUUUGUUUCACUGUAUUAUUGAUUCCUGUAUUGAUAGGUCAAUGAUCACAUCAAUCUUUAAAUGAAAAAAACAAGUGCCUGCGCAUUUCCUUGUCCUAGAACUACAGUGCUCAGCAUUUCAAAUACUGCAGUCUGGUGUGUAUCUUAAGGUGUCGUGUUAUAAGACUGUGAUUUUGUGAGAUUCACUGUUAAGCUUCACAAUGACAUUCAAAUAAAGUGUAUUUUCAUUCUGAA